AUGGUUUGCUGGAUUUUUACCGCCGCCGCCCUUCUAUCUUAUACCGCCCCAAACAUGCAACAACAUCCAAUGUUAUCGUUUGAGGAUGUCGAUGAGGGCAGGAUUGCAUUCCAGCAUCUCGAAGAAUCUUCACGGAUCGGUAUCGACGCGACCCUCAUCACCGCCGAAGAUGCCUCUUCUCUCUCAAAGAAUCUGUCACCUCGCAAAUCGACGCUCGUCUCUCUACCUCAAAAUUUGGUGGAUCAAAUCUGGACAGAUCGCCCUGUACGAACCAAGAAUUUGAUUGUUCAUCUCGAGGAAAAAUUCUCUGGCGAAUCCCACGAAUCCAAACUUGGGCGCCUGCGGGACGAGUUGAAAAAGAAAGAGUGCGCGGCGAUCAUUCUUACGGCUUUGGACGAGAUUGCUUGGCUGUAUAACCUACGCGGAUCGGACAUCGACUUUAACCCGGUUUUCUUUGCGUAUGCAGUCGUCACGAUGGGCAACGCAACGCUGUUUGUACAAGGAUGUGCCCCGGCAGAUGUUAAUGUCAAGUCUUACGAGGAAUUUUGGACCUUCUUGAAAGAGUUCAAGUCGGAAGGCAAAGUUCUAGUCACGGACAAAUCCAGUUUGGCGGUAGCCGAAGCUGUUGGAAAGGACAACUACACCCUUCUACCAUCUCCCGUGUCUUCAUUGAAGUCGAUCAAAAACGCGACAGAACUCGAGGGAUUCAGGCAGUGUCACAUUCGUGAUGGCGCAGCUUUGGUGAAAUACUUUUCUUGGCUCGAAGAUCAGCUCAACGAAGGGAAGAAGUUGUCGGAGUGGGGUGCUGCAGCAAGCUGGAAGAGUACCGAGCGUUUGUUCAAGGGACUGAGCUUUCCUACGAUCUCGUCGACCGGCGCCAAUGCUGCGAUCAUACACUAUUCACCGGAUUCGAAGGAAUCUGCUAUUAUUGAUAAGGAAGAGGUCUACUUGUGCGAUUCAGGAGCUCAAUUUUUCGAUGGUACGACCGACCACUUUGGUACGCCGAAGCCGGAGGAAAUUCGUGCAAACACUCGAGUUCUCCAAGGUCAUAUUGCGAUUGAUACUGCUAUAUUCCCUAAUGGUACGACUGGCUACAUUAUUGAUUCAUGGGCACGACGAGCGCUAUGGCAAGACAGACUCAACUACAGACACGGUACUGGCCAUGGAGUAGGCCACUUCCUCAACGUCCAUGAAGGACCUCAUGAUAUUGGCACCCGCAUCAGUUUGAACACGAAUGCACUCAAGCCUGGCAUGACGGUGUCGAAUGAACCUGGUUAUUAUGCCGACGGGAAGUUUGGCAUUCGAAUAGAGAAUAUCGUAUUAGUCAAAGAAGUUCAGACGCCAAAUAAUUUUAGUAAUAAAGGAUACCUGGGUUUUGAGCAUGUCACGAUGUGUCCAAUUCACAAGAAACUGGUGGAUAAAGUAUUACUGACUGCAGAAGAAACGGAAUGGUUUAAUGACUGUCAUGAAGAAGUCUGGUAG